AUGGAGUUCACCUCGGCAGAUCAAGGGACUAAAGAACCAAAAGACCUUUGGAAAGUAUACGUUGAUGGGUCAUCCAAUGCCAAGGGAAACAGAGCCCGGAUAAUACUUGAAAGCCCGGAGGGAGUGUCAAUAGAACACUCCCUAUAUUUGAACUUUCCAACUUCAAACAAUCAAGCAGAAUAUAAAGCCCUGAUAGCCGAAUUGAUACAAGUCAAAGAACAUGGGACUAAUAAAGUUAAAGUCUUUAGUGAUUCCCAACUCGUAACUUCCCAAAUCGAUGGAAAAUAUCAAGCCAAAGGACCUCUGCUGAUGAAGUAUCUGAACAAAGUCAAAGAAAUCAUAACUGAGUAUGAAGAAGUAAAAAUCACUCAUAUUCCUCGAGGAAAAAAUAGCAGUGCCAACAUCUUGUCCAAGUUAGCAAGCACUAAGAACCCGGAUAAUCACAGAACUGUGGUUCAACACAGCAUUACGGAGCCGAGUUAUGUGAAGGUAAUCACAUUGGCUGAUGAUUGGAGGCAACUGAUAAUUGCUUGUCUUGAAAUAGGAACAAUACUAGAAGACUCGAUGGAAUCCAAAAAUUGA